AUGGUGAUGAGCCAGCAAGCGAUCCGCAGCGUCCUGGGGGUCAUAGGCAACAUCAUCUCCUUCGGCUUGUUCCUCUCCCCUGUGCCGACAUUCAUAAGAAUAAUCAAGAGAAAGGCGGUGGAGGAUUUCUCUCCGAUCCCCUACCUCGCGACAGUCCUCAAUUGCAUGUUCUGGGUGUUCUAUGGCCUCCCCAUCGUCCACCCCAACAGCAUCCUCGUCGUCACCAUCAACGGCAUCGGCCUCAUCCUCGAGGCGAUCUACCUCGUCAUAUUCCUCGUUUAUGCUCCCCGCCAAGGCCGCUUGAAGGUGUCGAAGAUAUUGGCCGCAGAGGUGUCGUUCAUGACGGUGGUGGUGGUGGUGGUGCUCCUGACAGCCCACACUCACGAGAAGCGGUCGCUCAUCGUAGGGAUCUUCGCCAUCAUUUUCGGCACGUGCAUGUAUGCUUCGCCUCUUUCGGUCAUGAAAAUGGUCAUUCAGACCAAAAGCGUCCAGUACAUGCCCUUUACCCUCUCUCUUGCUAGCUUCCUUAAUGGUGUCGUCUGGACCAGCUAUGCCUUCCUCCCAUUCGACAUCAACCUCGUGAUUCCCAAUGGUUUGGGUGCUCUUUUCGGCCUGGCACAGUUGAUUCUCUAUGCAUGCUACUACAAAUCCACACCGAAAGCAGGCACCAAGGCUGAAGUUGAGCUGCCCACGGCUUCCAAUGUCUAA